AUGGCGAUUUCUCUCAAUCUUCUGCAACUUCAUGGAAAUCCAUCACUACCCAAGUUCCCAAACUCGAAUUGGCUCCGUCCGGCGGUUUAUUUCCGAGCUCCGGCGAGGGCGACGGUGGUCAUGUCGCAGAUCACUCCGUCGUACUGGGCGGCGAUAAAUGAAGAUAUUGACGAUCAUCUCCGGCGGGUCAUUAUUGCGAAGGACCCACCGGCAGUAUACGAGCCAUUGGGUCAUUUUGUCUUCUCCGCCCCACGAAAUUCCGCUGCAGCAAUGUGUAUUGCUGCCUGCGAGCUCGUCGGCGGCCAUCGGGACCAAGCUAUGGCGGCAGCUACCGCGCUCCAGCUCAUCUAUGCAGCGACGUACACUCGGGAGUAUCCUCCACUGACGGCGCGUGGGAUUUCAAACGCCGCCGUGGUUGACCGUGUUUAUGGCCCGAACAUCCAGCUGCUGACUGGUGUUGGAAUAGCUCCGAUUGGGUUUGAGAUUCUAGCUGGAUCGUGUGACUUGAGCGAGAGCGGGUCGGAGCGGGUUCGCCGCGUGAUGGUGGAAAUGGCUCGGGCGAUGGGGUCGGAGGGGUGGAUUGGGGGACAAUUCAAGGAAUUAGAGGAGGUGACGGCGGCGGAGGAAGUUAUCGAGAUGACGGAAGGUGAGCUACACGCGCGUGGAGGCGCGUGUGGGGCAAUAUUGGGAGGUGGAAGUGAAGAGGAAAUAGAGAAGAUGAGGAAGUAUGGAAGAAUUGUGGGAAUGGUGAAGGGAUUGUCAAAGAAAGUGUUUGGAGGGAAAGAAAAUGAGAGAAAAAGAGAGAAAAUUAAGGAGUUGAAGGCUUUGGCUUUCAAGGAAUUGGAGGGUUUCAAAGGACAAAAAGUGGAUCAAAUGUGUAAUUUCUUCGAUUUCGAGGGGCUUUAG